GUGUGCGUGUGUGUGUGUGUGUGUGUGUUUUCUUAGGUAGCCUGAUAAAAUGCCCGAUCUCGUUAUUCGACUUUUCCCAAGAUGGCGUCGAUGAGGGAGAGCGACACCGGCCUAUGGCUCCACAACAAACUGGGAUCGACGGACGAGCUGUGGACUCCUUCGAGCAUCGCGUCCCUUCUCACAGUGUCGGUCAUUGAUAAUAUACGACUGUGUUUCUCCAGUCUUUCGCCUCCGGUGAAGCUGAAACUCUUGCUGGGGAUGCUGCACCUCCCGCGCAGGACCGUGGAUGAGAUGAAGGAGGCUCUGUCGGAGAUCAUUCAGUUGGCCACAGUGGACUCUGAGCCAUGGGUGUUAAUGGUGGCUGACAUCCUAAAAUCCUUUCCAGAGACAGGCUCACUAAACCUGGACCUGGAGGAGCAGAAUCCUAAUGUACAAGACAUACUUGGAGAGCUACGUGAGAAAGUGAAUGAAUGUGAAGCGUCCGCUAUGUUGCCUCUGGAGUGUCAGUACCUGAAUAAGAGUGCUUUGACCACACUGGUGGGGCCACUUACUCCACCCAUCAAGCACUUCCAGCUGAAGAGGAAACCCAAGAGUGCAACGCUUAGAGCUGAGCUCCUGCAGAAAUCCACAGAGACUGCCCAGCAGUUAAAGAAAACAGCAGGAGCGCCGUUCCACUCCAAAGGAAGAGGAUUGGUGAAGAAGAUUGACACCACAACGCCGCUGAAGGGCAUUCCUAAAGCACCAUUCCGCAGCCCGACAACCCCUAGCAUGUUCAGCCCCCCCAGCAACAGAACGCCUAUUGCUCCUGCUCGCACGCCCCUGCGCAAGGAGAGGGGAGUCAAGUUGUUAGAUAUAUCCGAGUUGGAUAUGGUAGGAGCUGGCAGAGAAGCUAAGAGGAGAAGAAAGACUUUGGACACGGAAGCUGGAGAGAAAGCCGCCAAAGAAGAGGCAGUGGUGGAAAACGCGACGCCAGACUAUGCAGCUGGCUUGGUGUCCACACAGAAACUGGGGGCGCUAAACAACGAGAGCACACUGCCAUCAACCAGUUACCUUCCAGCCACCCCCAGCAUGGUUCCUUCCUCGUCCUACAUUCCCAGCUCAGAGACACAGCCAGCCAACACAGGUGGUUCAGGGCGUGAAACUACAAACCGGCAGUCGGAGGAGUCGUCCAUUCCCAAUACCGCUUCUGCUUCGUUACCUGGCCAGUUCAAGCAGCGGCCACCCAUGUAUAAUGCCAGCACUGCCAGUCCCACUGCCCCCACUUCACCCACCACGCCAACCAGCACACCCACUAAUAAUGCCCCGCCCCCUGCCGCCACGGCAACACAGCCAGACAUGCCCACACAGCCGCCCACCACUGCGGCUCAGCCCGCACCCACACCAGCGCCUCCACAAACCCAGCCUAAAAAGAACCUGUCACUCACGAGAGAACAGAUGUAUGCUGCACAGGAAAUGUUCAAGACUGCAAACAAAGUUACACGGCCGGAAAAAGCCCUUAUCCUGGGCUUCAUGGCAGGAUCGCGAGAGAACCCCUGUCCAGAACAGGGUGACAUCAUACAGAUCAAACUGAGUGAGCACACAGAAAUUCUGCCUAAAGCGGACGGAACCGGCAGCACAACCAUGCUAGUGGACACAGUGUUUGAGAUGAACUACUCUACUGGGCAAUGGACCCGGCUCAAGAAAUACAAACCCAUAACCAACAUCUCCUGAGGAGAACUGGGUUAACUAUACCACACACUCAUGAACACCCAAUCAGCACGUGUUUACAUAGACGCAUAUGUAUACAUUCAAACACUCCUCUUCAAUGUCAUCUGAGGAGGACUGCUUUAAAUAACUCACAAAAAUAUUGUACAUGUGCUAGAAUGUACAUAUAUUUACGGGCCAAAUUCAGAGGUAUUGGGAAUGUGCUGUAGUGACUCAAAGUGGGGAAAUGUUUGGAUAUUGUUCCAGACAGGUGCAAAGGACUUCUUGUUUGGUGGACCUCAUGUCCUAUCUCUGUUCCUGCGCUGAAAAAGACAGGGACCCUGUUGUAAGACUUGUUUUCUUUAUCUUUUUGUUAACGUUUGUAUCGUCUCCCAUUUUUAGGCCCAUUUCAAAUUUUCUAGUGUUGGGGAAAUGUGAUUAAAUCGAGGCAGAGCUUGUUAGAUGUCUUAACCUACUUUUGAUUGACACGCUAUUGUGAGAUCUUUAAAAGGGUACAAAAAUGCUAUUACAGUGUUUCACAAAUGAAACAAAAGUUUCUGUCUGUGUUUUCUCACUCAGAAUGUUUAGAAAAAUGUUCCUCCUUGAUCAACGGACAGAAAAAUCUAAUGAAAACAAUAAGUGUAAAACAGGUUAUUUUCUGUUUAAAACUUUUCAAGAAAAUUUGUUUAGAGGAAUUAAAUGGAAACCUCUCCAGAUUUAAAUUGCUGAUGGAAUUAA